CAUACACAUAGAAUUCUCGAAACUCUUGGAGAUAAUGCUUUUCCUUUGCUUUUCAUCUUUUCAUCAAUAUUUUUCUCCACCUUUCUCUCGCUCUUUAGUAUCUCACUCACGCACACACGUAGUGGACAUGCUGUACUGUACACAGACAUGCUCUUUGUGUGAGCGCUGCUGAUGUGUGUUUAUUGAAAAAAAGAGUAAAUUCAGUGAAAUGAUGUGACAGAAAAGCACAUCAGGGGAGAUGGGAGAGAAUUAAAGGGGGAGAGAGAGAGAGAAAGAGAGAGAGAGGGCGGGUGAAAGACAGGUGGAGUCCAUAGUUGCCGUGGCAACCUCCCCCAUAUAUGGCAAGUAGGGAUAUCGCAUUGCAAAGGUCAGGUUGUGUAGAGAAGGAGGAAUUGUACAAUAAUGAAGACAGAAAGGAGAAAGGAAUAACGAGUGGAAGGCAGACAGUAAAAAAAAAGAAAAACAUUGAAGCAGCAGCUGGAAGAGUGGACAGUCCUAAAGUGACAGGGCAUUUUCACUGCACGGGGGAGACAGCAGCAGAGCCCAAGAUUCCUUGUCAUCUCGUGGAAGUGCCGAGCGUGGACAGUGAGGAAGGAGGGAGGGGGGAGAGGAGGAGCUGGAGAGGAGCAGAGCAGCCAGUCAAGCAGCCCGCUGCUCAAUUAGCCAGCACCAGCAGGAGCCAGGCACCCAUCUGCGAAGGAGUUAAUCGGCUGGUGUUGUAAUGAAUUAAAUAAAGAGUUUCCGCCGCAUGUGCUACUGGAGAGCGAGACAGAGAGAGAGGGGGGGGAGGAGAGAGAGGGAGAUUGACUGAGGGAGAGGGAGGGAGGGUAAGAGAAGCAGAGGGAGGGAGAGACAGGCAAAAACACGAUGAGGAUUCGCUGCACCUGACGGACAGCCUGGGAUGACUGGAGUGGUGGACAGGCACAGGUGCACUGCAGCAACAGCCCAACUACUGGAGCUUUAAGAGCCGCAGUCCACGGCAUUCCCAGUCGACCCAGUCUGGGCUUGCCGACCAGGCCGCCAAGCUCUCCUUUGCCUCCGCUGAAUCCCUGGAGACCAUGUCAGAAGCCGACAUCCCCCUCGGGUUCAACCGGAUGAACCGCUUUCGCCAGAGCCUGCCGCUCUCCCGCUCUGCCAGCCAGAAUAAGCUACGAUCUCCAGGCGUGCUGUUCCUGCAGUACGGGGAUGAGACACGCCGGGUGCACAUUACCCACGAGCUGAGCAGCCUGGACACACUGCACGCUCUCAUCGUCCACAUGUUCCCUCAGAAAUUGACCGCAGGUAUGCUGAAGUCACCCAACACGGCCAUCCUGAUCAAGGACGAGGCGCGUAACGUCUUCUACGAGCUGGAGGACGUACGGGACAUCCAGGACCGCAGCAUCAUCAAGAUAUACCGUAAAGAGCCCAUCUACGCCUCCUACCCUGCUGCUGCUCACCUGGCUAACGGAGACCUGAGGAGGGAGAUGGUGUACUCCUCCCGCGACUCCUCCCCGACUCGCCGCCUCAACACCCUCCCCUCCUCCACGGCCUCAGCCUCCUCCGGCUCUCCAUCCCGCUCACGCCUCUCCUACAGUGGGGGUCGCCCUCCGUCCUUCACCGGGUCCCAUCCCCAGCACGAACAGCCCCGACACCCCCACCAUCCCUCAGCUGGUCACGGUGCCAACGCAGGCCUGUCUCCUUCACCCAGCGCCAUCCUAGAGCGCCGUGACGUCAAGCCUGAUGAAGAAGUUUCUGCAAAAAACAUGGCGUUAAUGAAGAAUGAGGGGCUGUAUGCAGAUCCCUACAGUUUGAUGCACGAGGGCCGCCUCAGCAUCGCCUCUACCCAGUCUUUAGCUGCCAUCGGAGACCCCUUUAGCUUCCCCGUUUCCAGUGGCCUGUACCGCCGUGGCUCUGUCCGAUCCCUCAGUACCUACUCAGCCGCUGCUCUUCAGGGGGACCUGGAGGACUCCCUCUACAAGCCUGGAGGUUCGCUCUACUCCGACACAUACUCCUCAGCCACUCUGGGCAUGGGUUUUCGCAUGCCGCCCUCAUCCCCACAGAAAAUCCCUGACAUGCAGCUGAGGGACAGGGACUCAUACUCCGGCUCACCCAGCAGAGCCUCACCUGUCAGGCAGACCUUUCGCAAGGACUCGGCCUCCUCCUCUGUGUUUGUGGAGAGCCCGAAGUCGAGGCCCAGCUCCAGUUCAGAACCUCUGUGUCUGACAGCUGGGCCUGGGGAGGGUGGCAGGGCCACGCCUGGUUUUGGUUCUUCGUUGUCUGGACAAGACGCUGACAGUAGCAGGGAUCAUCGUCUGGAGCGUAUGGAGGCCAUGGAGAAGCAGAUAGCCAGCCUUACUGGCCUGGUCCAGAGUGUGCUGACCAGAGCACCAGACAGUGACAGCACGUGCGGCCUGCUGCGUCUCUGCAUGAUGGCGGGCUGCCCUCCGGACCAAGGGACGGAGUUCUCACGGCCAUUACCUUUCUCUUCCAGCGAGAAGACCGAAACCAACAGCGACGGCUCCGCCACAGGAACUGGACGGCUGAAGAAGAAAGCUCAUACGCCAUCAGCACCUCUAGCUCUGAUGCCACCGCCACCCUCUAACAUAACCCAGGUGAACAGCGUCGGCCGCAUGCAGAUGCAGCUCCACCUGCACGGCCUGCAGCAAAAUGCCACCGACCUACGCAAACAGCUCACCCAGCUGCGCAAGAUACAGCUGGAGAACCAGGACUCGGUGAAAACUCUGCUGAAGCGGACAGAAGCGGAGCUGAAUGUGCGCGUUGCCGACGCCCUGAGGAAGCAGGAGGAUCCUCUGCAGAGGCAGCGCCUCCUGGUGGAGGAGGAGAGACUCAAGUACCUCAAUGAGGAGGAGCUCAUCAUCCAGCAGCUCCACGACCUGGAGAAGUCAGUGGAGGAGAUCCAGAAGGAGUCAUCUGUCAACCACAAGCUCGUGACAGUGCAGGAGCUGGAGGAGAAGGCCACUGUUCUGAGAAAACUGGGAGAAACACUCACAGAACUGAAAAAUCAGUUCCCAGGCCUGCAGAGUAAGAUGCGGGUGGUGCUCAGGGUCGAAGUGGAGGCCGUCAAAUUCCUGAAAGAAGAGCCGCACAGACUCGACGCCCUGUUAAAACGCUGCAAGACCAUAACUGACACCCUCGCCACCAUGCGCAAACAAGCGAAUGAGGGCGUGUGGAGGAAGCAGGAGGACUUCUCUAGUCCUUCACUGAAGCACAACGAUGACUUGCGAAAGUUUUCAGACUUUGACAUUCCCACCAGCCCACCGCUCACCAUCAAUGACCUUGGGGGAGGCAACAGCCUGUCCAACUGGAGCCCCCACUCCAGUCUCAGCCGUGGCCACGGGAACCCGUCCGGCCCUCACAAGGACAAUUAUCCUCCUGUUCCUCACAAGGGCAAAGCCCUGGAGGAGCUGGAGCGUCGUGCUGCUGCGGACAAAGCUUUGUCUGUAGAGGUCCGACUGGCAGCGGAGCGGGAUUGGGAGGAGAAGCGGGCCAGUCUGACCCAGUACAGUGCUCAGGACAUCAACAGGCUGCUGGAGGAGACCCAGGCUGAGUUAAUGAAGGCCAUUCCAGACCUGGACUUUGCUGCCAAGCAGAUCAAGCCCUCCUCCAACACAACUCCCUCUCAACCCACUCAGAGUGGGACGGGAACCCCAGAGCACCGCGCCAACAAGCCCCAGCACAAGUUAUCCGGGAAAGAGGGAGGAUCCAGGCGUGGCUCUGAUGAGCUGACGGUGCCUCGAUAUCGCACAGAGAAACCCUCCAAGUCUCCUCCUCCGCCACCACCUAGACGUAGCUUCCCAUCUUCUCCUGGCCUGACCACCCGCAGUGGAGAGCCCCUCAUCCCUGGAAAAAGCAUUAAGAAGUCUGAGUCUGAGGAGACUGAAGGCCAGAAGCCUCAUGUAAAACUUAGGAGGACCGUGUCUGAAAACCCUCGUCCUGCGUCUACACCCCCCACCUUGGCCUCUGGGGACAAGGAGGAAGCAGGGGAGGAGGAGAAAAUUGCUGCUGAAUUGGAGGGAAGUCGCUCGUCUCCUGUCCCCCACAUCGUGUUGACAGAGUGUUUGCCAGCUUCGCCUGCUAGCUCAGAGGAUCCCGUCAGAGAUUUAGCAAACUACUCUGUGGAGGAGAUUCCAUCACGAGAUUGGACGGGCCAUCACACAGUCUACGAGACUCAAAUUUCAAGGGAAAGGGAUUCAUUUGGAGGCUCUCCUCAACAAGAGCGAGAGCAGCAUUUUUUUAAACAGGAGCUUGCCCUGCUGUUGACAGAGAUGGAGGUGAGGGUGGUGUCUCCUCUUGAGGCCCAGGAACUCAGCAAGACUGUAGGAAAGGUUUUACAGACUCUGACUAUCUUUCCACAUACAAAAGAAGUGUCUGAGUCCAGGCUGGGUGAUCGACCACUCCUAGUGUUCUUCAGGGAGGAGAUGACAGUCAGAGAGGCCUACAGGCUGUUGUAUUCCCUUCUGGAAUCAUCCAAGCCAGUGCCCAAACCCAGAAUAAAAUCCUCCUUUCACUCUUACCAUCAGAGCUCUCUGGUGGAGGCUCUUAGAAGAGGGAUAGAGACAGGGGACAGGAUACUGACACUUCAGCACAACACUGAGACUGAGAUGAUUCCUAAGCCACAGCAGAGUUCAGUUAACAGUACUCUUGAGUCCACUGGGUCAGCUGGCUCUGUGGACAGCCUAGCCAGUCGGAAGAGAACGGCAGAAGAUGUCCGACGCAGCACCUACAGGAGGCUGGACAGCUUGGAGGAGACUAUUCGAGAGCUGGAGAACACCUUGAUAGAGAUCAGUGGCCAUCCAACUGAUCUCUACACUGGGACAGCCAUCAAAAGUUCUCCAGCACAGGUGACUGAUAGUCCAACCUCAGAGACCAAGAAACCUCCAGUCCCACCCAAGCCGUCGUCUUUGAACCCAGCAUCGAUCCAGGGAGGGAAUAGCUCCAGCGUCGGCAAGGUUCUCCACUCCUCAGCUGCCUCUAAGCUGAAGCACCUGCAGCAGAACAGCACAGACAAGACUAAGAGUGGCAAAAGAGAGGACUUCCUGAAGAUCCAGGGCCAACAGCAGCAGUGAGCAACCUGUCCGUGUCCAGCCUCUUCAGUUUCCUUCUCCUCAUGUCUACCUGACUACAGAGCUACACACAUCCAUCUACUCCCCUUGUUUUUAACUUUAUCAGCUACCUUCACAUCUCCAGUGUUUUCUACAAAUCUACACUGAACCCCACUCUGUGUGCAUUUGCAGAUGCGUGUCAGUGUGUGUGUGUGUGUGUGUGUGUGUGUGUGUGUGUGUGUGUGUGUGCGCGUGUGCGUGUGCGUGCGUGCGUGUGCGUGCGUGCGUGUGUGUGUGUGUGUGUGCAAGCAUGCGUGCACGGGCAUGUUUGACUGUAAUGGUAAGGGAAGGUGCUGCAGGGGACAGUGCCCAGCCACAACCAAUUUUAAGACUUUAAUUUUUCAUGAAUUCCCCUUUGACACCCUGAAAAACCUCAUCUCUUUACCUACCCUCCCCGCUUCCUGUCUCCUAUGUCCCUGCUCCACCUGAAGGCCUUGGGGACCAACAGCACCAGUGGCAGUAUUGAGCCAUACCUCUCUGGUAUCAAAACAGGCAUUUUCUCAAGCCGAGUGCCGUGUCCUGCAGCAGCGUUUGCUCCCAGCCUGACAACCUCCUCCAGUCAAGCGAAGGCCCUGCUGGCAAGCCUGUCCGCCUCUGGCCUUAGUGCCGAGGCCCUGCUCCUCUCCUCCACCCUCCGUCAACACCGGCUUCUGCGCGAGCAGCGAGCCUCCUCCUUGUCUUUGCCCAGCAGCCAGUCCUCCUCCUCCUCCUCUCCUCUUCCUCUUCGCCCACCACCCCUACUUUGUCCCUGUCUCCCUCCUCUCCCACCCCUCUGAGUUCCCUCUCCUCUGCGGUUCUCAAGCCCAGCGGUCGUAGCUUUGACAGCUCCAGCCUCAACAGCUGCAGGGAGGGUGGC